CCGGAUCCUGAGUGCCUGAGGGGCGCGGAGACUCGGGGGGGAGGGAGGGAGGGAAGGAGAGAGGUGCCAGCAGCAUGGCGGCCGGGCACGAGCCGCCCAACCCUCCUCUUCCCCGUAGCCGCCGCCGCCCCUGGAAUCGCUGGGGCGCCCUGACCCGCUAGUGUUAGUUGGGAGCCCUCCGCCCUCCGCUCCCCCGGCCCUCCUUCCUUUCGGCGCCGCGGGUCGGGCCGGCGGGAGCUCCCCCGCCCACCCCGCCCGCUCGCGAGCCGGGCCAUGGAGGACGUGAAGCUGGAGUUCCCCUCGCUCCCACAGUGCAAGGACGACGCCGAGGAGUGGACCUACCCUAUGAGACGAGAGAUGCAGGAAAUUUUACCUGGAUUGUUCUUGGGCCCAUAUUCUUCUGCUAUGAAAAGCAAGCUGCCUAUACUACAGAAACAUGGAAUAACUCAUAUAAUUUGCAUACGACAAAAUAUUGAAGCAAACUUUAUUAAACCAAAUUUUCAACAACUAUUUAGAUAUUUAGUCUUGGAUAUUGCAGAUAAUCCAGUGGAAAAUAUAAUACGUUUUUUCCCUAUGACUAAGGAAUUUAUUGAUGGGAGCUUACAAACUGGAGGAAAAGUUCUUGUCCAUGGAAAUGCAGGGAUCUCCAGAAGUGCUGCCUUUGUUAUUGCAUACAUUAUGGAAACAUUUGGGAUGAAGUACAGAGAUGCAUUUGCUUAUGUGCAAGAAAGAAGAUUUUGUAUUAAUCCUAAUGCUGGAUUUGUCCAUCAACUUCAGGAAUAUGAAGCCAUCUACCUAGCAAAAUUAACAAUACAGAUGAUGUCACCACUCCAAAUAGAAAGGUCCUUAUCUGUUCAUUCUGGUACCACAGGCAGUUUAAAGAGAACACAUGAAGAAGAAGAUGAUUUUGGAAACAUGCAAGUGGCAACUGCACAGAAUGGCUGACUCAAGAGUAACAUUAUAGAGGGAGUGAAUUUCAGUUUGAAAGAGAAAAUACUAAAGAUGAUGACAAUAUAAAGUGGUAAAAACACAAGUAGUUUCCUUUCAGUUACAUGUUGCUUCCAGAAAUGUUUCUCUGCAACAUGUUAAGAAGAUGUCGGACUUCUGCAGUAGAUGGCAUUGAUGGUUUUACUUUUUUUUAACUUUACAGUUUUAUUAUAAACUAAGAAUUUUGGACUUGCAAUGAGUUAUUAUUGCAAUAAUGCACUUUUCAUACUUGAAAUUUAUUUGUAUGAUAUAAAGUUAUUACUUUAAACAAAAUGGAAGUUAGGGGGGAUUUGUUUAUCAUUUUUGGGUAAUUUAUAACAAAAGAAUUUCCUAGGGUUUGCUACAAAUUCAUUUUGUGUUCUAUAUAUUACAUUUAAAAAAUAAUUUUACAGUUACAUUUUAUGAUGGAACCCAACAUAACAGAAGUGCAGGCAUUGCCACUUUCUUAGUAUAAGACAAUAAAUUAAUGACCAUUUUUAAAACCUUGAUCCCUUGUUAAUUAGCUCUCCUUAUUUCCACUUAAUCCAAUUAAUGCUUCCUUUCUGUUACCUUAAUUCAUUUAUUCUUUAGGGAAAAAAAGGUUUAAUGAUCAAAGAAAGAUGUUUUGCUUUAUAGUAUAAGAUGCUCAAAAACAAAGGUAGUGUUAAGAUUUUCAAGUGACUUUCCUCUUUUCCUUUUUCUUUCAAAGUGCAUAAAUUUCUGGUUUUUUGAGACAGGGUCUUGCAUAUAGCCCAGGAUGGCCUCCAACUUGUGUUCCUCCUGCCUCAGCCACCCAAGUGUUGGGAUUACAGGCUAGAAAUACAUAAAUCUUGAUACUGAGUUCUUGCACAGUAUCUCCUCAAAACAGGACUGCCAACUUGCUUGUUUUCUGUCCUCAUCUCUGAAAUUUGUCCCACUACAAAGAAGGGGCUCUCUGCAGUCCCUCCCCAGCAGUCCCCCCAUUUUCUGGCAGUAGCUUCCACCCACGGGGGAGGAUCUGCUGUUGUUUUUCUGAUGAGCUCAAGGUCCACAGCCCUGGUAAUCAGGUUCUUCCUGGAGCAUCUAUGGAUCCCCGAAGAGCUGCAGCAGCUUUUGUACAGGGAACCAGUGGACAGAAGUAUCGUUCAUGUGUCCAUGAACUGGAGCCUGAGGACACUCGCUCCUCCAGGCCUCCCAGCUUUGCAGUGCAAAGAGAAUCUUCCCGUAGAGUCCUUGUCCUCAGCCUCUUCUCAAGGCCUCUGAAAUGUCCCAUAUGUUGGUCAUCUGGAAAGGGCUCCUGCUGGCCAGUUGCUCCAUAAAGGGUGGUUGGACAGGACCGUCCCCAGGGAACACGUUGAGAUGGUGUGGGACAGAUGCUUCACUUGCUCUCCUUGGCCCCCUGAGAACCACACUGUCAAGGGUGUUGGGAACUGCAGUGUCAAGUGGGCCAACAGUAUGUCAGACCCAGCAGUGACUUCCAGGAGCCGACACUGUUCCUGAAGAAAACCAGAAGCACCUGCUGGACUCUGCUGUGACGCCACAGGCGAAGGUCCCAACAGGGAGCACACGCACUGCACGUGGAGACUCCCUUGGCCAAGGUUUCACUGAGCUGGAGGUAGGGCUCAUGUGGGACCCAUCUGAUGAGGAGUCGAGAUGGAGGAGUCUCCCCACAGGAGCCUUCAUUUGUUCCCGCUGUCCUCCACCACUGAGCUACAGCCCCAACCCUUUUUUUAAACAGGGUCUUACUAAAUUGCCCAGCCUGGGCUCAAUCUUGGAAUCCUCCCUGCCUCAGCCUCCUGGGUGCUGGGAUUACAGGUUUAUGCCACUGAGCCCAGCUUCUACUGUCUUCUAAGCUAUCGGUGAUGGUUUCCACUUCGGAACUCUAGAAAUCAGAGACCGUCAGGCUCCACUGGACCACUGUGCCCCUGCAGCUCUGCCUGCCUCUCCACAGCAGCGCCACCAAAAGCCUCUGCCAAGGUCCCAGCGCCAGCUUCUCGGCCCUAGCCCAUGCUCUCCCUGUCUGCUUUUUUGAAGCCAAAUGUUGUGCCUGUUCUCUGAGUUCCCUAGCUGUUUCUACCUUUGUUGGAAUGGUUCUAAACAGACUGAUAAACCAGUGUAACACCAUUUUUUUUUCUAAAUGAAGCCCCCAAAAAGAAAAGUGCCUUGCAUCACUUUAAAAAGUUAAUCCUCAUUGACCUCUAAACUAGUAAAUAGGCCAGUGAAAAGCUCUUAAUAUUUUUGGUAAUUUCUUUUGUCUUUAUUAGUUUAACCUGAACCUUGACGAAACAUUACUAAAUUAUUUGGAGUAUGGGAUAUUUACUUCUUCAUUUCAUAUCAUCUUGUUUCUGUGAAGUUUCAAUUCAGACACUUUUCUCUGAAGAUGAAUUUAUUGGGGAAAGUGAUUUGUGCAUGUCUUUUGUGAAUUUUAAAUUAGCAUUUUAAUCAGUUCUUUACGUUGAAGUAAUCCAAAUUUUCCCCAUAAUUUGCAUUAGCAAAGUUACCUUAUAGGUCUUUAGUUGUUUAUGUUCUUAUUUAUAUGUCACUAAAACUGUUGCUAUUUUGAAUAUGUGAGGGAAAGGGAGUGUUUUUAACUUCCGUAGUUGAUGACCUUAGGGCAGCACAAACAAAACUCCCCUCACCUCUCCAUCCUGUCGAGGUGCUUCACAGAGUGGUCCUUACUGAUGGGACAAUGUUCAUACCUUCCUGAGUCCCGGACACGUUGCAAGGCACCGUGGUACACCGGUUACUGACAUGCUUUCCUCCCUCAGUUGUAAUAAUAUAGAAAAAGCUGUUAUCUAGUAUAAUGGAAGAGUGAAAACUAAUUUAAAAUGGCUGUUAAUUAGGAGUCAAUUUCUCUUAACCCAUGUGAUAGUCCUGUUCUUAUUUCCAUCCCUUCUCCUAUUUUGCCACCCUGAAAACAGAUUAACCCCAUGAUGGUCCGUUUUGUACUGUGUGAUUGGGUCAUCUGUUGUCGUAGUCUAGUGGAAUUCAGAUGCCAUUGGAUGUUCAAAAUUCUAGUUGAUAAAGACCUAGAUAGCGUGGCUUUUCUGUAUAUAAAUCAUUCCUGGGUAGAUCAGCAAAACAGUCUCUUGGAAUGUAAUCAACCUAUGAUACUUCAUUCAGCAGAAACUGCUUAAAAUAAUUUUUAUGAAAGUAAAUGUGGAUUUUACAACUUAGGCAGUUACAACCUAAGAGUUUUAAAAAAUUAUUUUGGUAAAAAUACAUCAUUUCUAGAAGUCUGCCUAAAAUUACAGUUGCAAUAGCACAUGCCUGUAAUCCCAACUACUCAGGAGGCUGAGACAAGAUUUCAUGUUUAAGCCCAGCCUAGGCAAUUGAAUGAAACCCUGUCUCAAAAAUAAAAAGGCUGGGAAUGUAGCUCAGUGUUAUAUAAAGGCCCUAGGUUCAGUCCCCAGUACCAGGAAAAAAAAAUUGUUAUUAAUCUGAUUUGUAGCUGUAAUUUUCAAUUUUUUCUAGCCAGUAUCGUUUUUAUGUUGUCACUAAAGUGCCUGCCCAGCACUGUAUACUAAAGACAGUUUCUCUUAAACACAAGCAAAAGAGACUGCCAUCAUCUUGAGUAUAAGAGCAGUGAAUGUGGACAAAACACAAGAUUAUUCUUUCAUAUAAGAAACAUUGAAGAUUGUUUUUUCUUGGAUCUGUUCGUCUACAUUAAAUGUUCAACUAGUUCUUCAGUUAGCCUCUCCUAGUUUUGGUUUCAUUCUGCGAUCCUUUUAUUUCCAGUGAUGGUUUGUGAUAGUUAACUAUGAUAAACUUAACAAAUCAUGUUUUAUUUUCUAGAGCAUUUGAAUAAUGUAUGACUCCCCAAUUUUAACAUCAAAUAUGUAAUCUGGGUACAAAAUUUAAAGUGAAAUUACCUCAAAACAUUACUGUAAUUGAUGCAAUUACAUCAAUUGGAUUACUGUCCAUUUUGAAAGUAUGAAAUAGCACUGAAAAUAUUCAAACUGGAAUGGCAGUUUUCUUCUAAUUUUAUCUAAUUGGUUCGUGUUAAUUUCUUAUUAGAUGUUUAAACAAUAGUUAGCUUUAUUUGUAUCUACUCUGGUGGAAAUGUUAAACCAUGAUAGCUUUUGGUAUCAGCUCUUAACCACUCAACUUAUAGAGCAGAAUAUUCAUCCACUUUGGGGUGGGGGGAUUUUGUGCUUAAUCUGAGUUUAGAAAUACUGUCAGAAAAUGUUAAGCAUGCCCUUUUUGAGAAAAUAUUAAUGUUUCUAAUUGUCCUGUUGCCAUGGUGAUUCAAGUGAAUUAGAAGUAUUUAACUGCAAUCUUGAAUUAUAAAGUUGAGAUGUAUAUAUCAGGAGCUCAACUUGAUGUAAAGUAAAUGAGCAGUUACCUGGUGGAUUUUUAAAAAAAAUAAUUGGUUUAAUCCAUAAUCCCAUAUCAAAACAUAGCUUCACUUCAGUAUUUAUCUUUUUCCAUUCAACAGUGCUAAAAUAAGGAAAUGAUAAAUAGGUAAGAGUUACUUUUGUUUGUUCAUUAGAAAAAUAAGUUUCUAGAGUCUUUGCUGGAUUUUCUUUGUCUUUCCUAUCCAUGGCAGCUACAAAACAAAACAAAAAAAUCACUCAAAAUAUUUUACAUGUUAAAUACAUGUUAAAUACAUGUUUACAUGUUAGCUCUCUUCUCAACAGAGAGUUGCCAUACCUCACAGUUCAAAGUGUAUUCUAUAGAUCAGUAACAUUAUACUGACAUGUAAUUGCAAUUUACUAUGCAGCAAAAAUGAUUCAAGAAGAGAAUAAUGUACAGUGUCUGUUUACCUUUGUAUAGACAAUUGCUUAUGUUACUCUUUUAACAUUUGUACUUGGGUAAAUGCUUAUGUAUGUAUAGGAAUGUCACAAUGCAAGAUGCUGCUAGCUCAGGCACAAAGUAUUAAAAUUAUUUUGUGAA